AUGUCGACAUCGACGCCUUCCUUUGGCUCUUCGGCCAUGAGCUACCCUUUUUCUGGUGCCUUGGUGUGCUUCGAUGUGUGCUUGGUGAGCGGGCGAGCUGCAGUCAUCUCCUGCACGGAGAGCGAGAGGCUGCAAGACAUGCAGGUGCGCAUUGCCGGGAUUCUGGAGCUGGGUAGAGACGACGAGACUCCGCUGUUGCAGUUCUUCAAGCAGGCAGACUCAGAGAAGGAACCCCUGGACCAGAGUACCCGUGCCGCAGAGAUUGUUGGUUGUACAAUACAUGUCGUGUUGCAAGAACAUCCUGACUGGUACGUGCAGAAGUGUUUUUCGAGACGUAGCACGGCCCAGUUGAAUUGGGAUGUGGACGAGGAAAGGACAGAAAGGUUGUCGUUGCUUCCGGAUGGCCAGUUCACGUACGAGAUGCGCAGACUCGCAUGGGAUGAGGACGUCGGGCGACUGGCUGUCAAGGAAGAUAUACUUCAUGGCACAGGGAGAUGGAGAUGCGUGCUGCAGGUUGGUAUGCCGGGCGCUUUGCCCGAAGAGGUCUUGCUUUUGGACGGCAGUGCAAACUGGCUGUCGUCUGGAGAUUCCGGGUGGCCAUUUGCGCGUGAGACGUGCCAUGCUGGCAAGAUUGCGCUGCAGAUGCCGCCAUCCUACAUCGUCCUCAUCCUCUUCGACAUCCAUUGCCGCCGUUUCUGGAGUGGCGCCCCCGCGGACCGGCCUAUUGGAAGGCGGCGACAGUUUAUGAGGCUCGGAUCCUUAAUCCUGUCGCUUGGCGUUCUUUCUUGGGUCAGCGACUACAAGUACGGCGAAGUACAACGAAUCCCCGGCUCACCGCAGACAACGCCGACUGCGGACGAAGGUCAACGCUACCGGAAGCCUGCAGACGUCUUCUCUGAGGCACAGGAGACGGGCCAGCGCAGUUAUGCCAGGGAAGGCACAUGGGUCCCCUGGCGUUCCCAAGACUCGGGCAGAUGGGAAUCACCGAGACGACGAACAGGGACCUCUCCCCGCCGAAGAGCUGGGAGCAAGGGCAAAGGCGCUGCCAAAGGAGAGCCGGCGAAAGGCAAGGGCAAAGGCAAGAAUCAGUUGCCGACCGCACCAGAUACAAGCCAACUUCCGGCUCCUCCGAAGGCGGCAACGGCCGCGAUGCCCAAAGGUAUGGACCCAGGCAGUACGGGACCAGCCAGCGAGGAAAAGAAGAUGCUAGCUCAGGUGAUGGAGCACUUCAUUGCCACGGGCGCCGAAGUGCCGACACCCCUGGCGACCCUGGUCAACCAGUACAAGGCAGACCAUCAUCGGCAAGAAGGACGUCAACUCCAUCAAUUGGUGGCAAAGCAAACUCAAGCAAAGCAGGGCUUGGCAAAGGUGGCUGCGGAAAGAGCAGCCUACGACCAGGCCUGGGCCAGCUACCUGGAUCAGCUCACAGCAUUGGUGGAGAAACAAUUCGAGGCCCACGAGCAGGCGGUACUGCAACUCGACGAGACGGCGGAGGCAUGGACAGCCCAGCUGACGGAUGUGUCCAGGGCACUGGCGGAGUCUACGGCCGCCAGCUCCGAGCACAAGUCCGACAUGGACGUCGAGGAAGCGGCCAUCGAGGAGGCGAUCGAAGCGGAGGCCAAGCGCAAGCAAGCUGUGGAAGCUAUCCAGCAGAAGCACCAGUCCGUUUUGGAAGCCUUACGGGGAGCACAAAAGGCCAUGCGGACGGAGGACAAGCGCGAAGGCUCCCGGACUCCGCGACGACAAGCCAAAGCAGAAGAAGCCGCGGCUGCCACGGGUACAGAUGGUGGCCCUUGCUACGGCUACUCGAGCGUGCAAGGGCCGCAAGGCUUGCCGUGUGCUUGGGAGCACACGAGCCGACACACAGUGACCGGUGAAUGGGACUAUGUUUCGCCGGCUCUGGCGCAGCUGCUAGCUCUACAGCAGGAAUAUGGGGUUAAGCAUGCUGAGUUGAAUCUCUUCCUGGACGAGGAAGACAAGCGGCUACAAGAUCAAUCGAUGACGCGAGCCACAGAGGUGACCCCCAGGAGCUGUCCCUGGGCAGAAGCAUUGACAGUUCACCCUCCGGAGCUCCGCGCACCGCCCAUCUUUGGUGCAGCAGCACACCUCUACACGUGGGGGGGUGCGCAUGGUGGCAGACCAGGCCGCUUCACCGUGUUUGAUCACAUAAGGCAUGUGACGGUGGAGCGUUGCCUGCCCACUGCUAGUCUGGCAGAGCAGAUAGCACUGGCCAUUGACACAGUUCCGUUUUCGGUAGUGGGUGUCUAUGUUAUUGUGCAGCCGGUGCCGGGCCUACCAACACCGCAGCUCGUUUUCAUUGAGAGAGGAAGGCCCCUCACAGAGCUUCCCCUAGUCUGGGACCUCCGAGAAAUCGGAGAGGAAAUUUUCACUCUCAGACAUGAAAGCCGGCAAGAGCGAGCCGCCGCUAUUCAGCAAGUGCAGCCUCUACUCCGACAGCACCCCCAAUUGCAGCAGGAGGUUGAAUCCGGCGCCAUCCACAUGCGUGAUGCGCUUGGUCCGGUCCUGCACGAGCUGCAGGCGAACCUUCAUGCGGUCCAAUUCUUUCGCAUGUCUAGGACCGAUCUGCUCCAAAUUGCCACAUGGCAGACAGGAGGAGAACAGGCAUCGCCGUCGGAAGAGACCAGCACCACCACCACAACCACUGCAGUCAGACUCGUUCCUGCUCCCAUCCAGUACCCUACCUGCCGCCUUGUGCUCUUCAGGGACGACGUCGCCUACAGCUGUGACCUAGGAGAACAGCAUCACCUUGUCGACCAUGCCAUGUGGAGGUUGAUCCAAAGGCACGGACAGGAUGCCCCCAUCACAGACGAGGCACAGGUCGUGCUCGCCUCCGCACAACCGGUACGUAGCGGUCACCUGCAGGAUGUGAUUGCCAUACUGGCUGAGCAGCCGAGGCAACCUACUGCGUUAUGGGAUGGCAGAAGCUAUGGCCGUGCCAUCACGGCCUUCUCGUACCCUGAAAUACAACGGACAGGCCUGCUGCUCCCAACUGACACGCAGAGGAACGGAUGGAGAGUGACCAUCAACGGCGUCCCAGAUGCCCACCAGAGCAGACUACUGCGACACGGCGACUAUGUCAUUCCCUUCCAUGGCAACCAAAUUCCGGCCGUCACGCCACUCGGCUGGCCCCUGUCGCAGUACCCAUCUUUGAGGCCCUAUUCGUGGCCCCUUGCGGUGACGGCCAGCGCGGAUGCUUUUCAUCGCCGACUCCGGCAUCGGAGGCUCCAAAUGGGAGCACACCUUGCCAGUGAAGGAGUGAUAGUAGUUCAGGGGCCCGUCCACGGGGACUUGAUCUUGCAUACUGGGCUGCAUUCGAUCCCCACCCUGCCGCAGGCACAGGCAGCCGUUAGACGGCUCGGACAAUUUCCGGAAGGUCUUGCUUUUACUGUGACACCGCAGGUUGGGCCUACAUCCGUGACACUGGUCAGCAACUGCCCCAACUCAGAGCUGAAUACGGUCUUAACUCCUGCCCCGGGCUUCCCGACUCAGUUCUUGGUGCUAUUGCUGCCGACAACUGCCAGAUGCCUCCGAUCGAUACCGGCCGACCCAGGAGUCCUCUUAACACCACAACGUGAUCUUGAGAUGGGAGAUGUUCUUCAGACCCGAGCUGCCACGGUCGCUGCGGCAACCACCGAGGAUGACAGCGCGGAGGAGGAGCCUGAGGCAGAUGAGACAGCCAUGUUGCAGCAGCAUGCCCUCCAGGCUAGGCAACAGGAGCCCACUCCAGGGCAGGCGGCCUGGACCCGAUGCACUACUGCGCACCCCGGCAGACCCAGUGUCCCCACGCCUUUCGGCAGACGCUGUGUGCCUCCACCAGACUCCGCGCAGGCAGCUGCCAAAAAGGGGUCCAUCCAGGUGGCAGGCCAGCAGACAGCCGCCAAGACCAGGACCAUUCUCAGUCUUGAGCAGGCUAUACCGCAGACCACAACUAAAGAAAUUCUGGAACACCGUCUCAGCUUUGCCACAUCUACGGACAUCCAGGCUGAGGUUCUGGCCCCUUUCCGGCUGGCCAAAUUGCAGCAGCAGUGGCGGGGCAUUCCCUUGCACGUCCAGGCGGAGGUCCUCCUCCAAGGUCUAGAGGUACAUGACAGCAGCGAACCUGUUGAGGCGGCCCUGCUGUACACGGACGGGUCCUACGCACCUCACACAGGCCAGGCGUCAUGGGCUGUUGCAAUAAUUGUUUGCGCCCGUAGUCGGUGGCGUUGGGCUGGCUACUUGUCAGGUAGAUCCUGCGACAGCCUGCCAAUGCAAAGUGCUUUUGAUGCUGAGGUUGCCGCCCAGACGGCCGCUCACCUUGUAUGCGCAGCUAAUGGCUGGACACACACAGCCAUCUGUUUUGAUGCCACCUCUGCUGCAGCCGCAGCCCAGGGCGGCACAGCAGGGGUACACACCAAUGGUAUCCAACGUGCCGCGGCGGCCAGCCGCAUGCAUCUAGUCAUACAAGGCCAGGCGCCGAGGCUGCACCACACAAAAAGCCAUGAAGGCAAUCCAGGCAAUGAACUGGCUGACUCAAUUGCCACAUGGGCACGUGCACAGCCCCGGAGUGAGCUGGACCGUCAUUUGGCAUGUAUUAUCCAAGAACGGCUCCUUGACUGGCUGUGGCUGGUAGAUGCUAGCCAUCAGGGCCACGAAUGGCCGGCCCUUGAUGAACAGGGCACUACACAUGCAGCUGGCAGAGAGACGACUCACCGGCUGCCAUCAGCCCCUGCCGCCUGGACCAUGGCAACAGACAAGAGCAACAAGCCCCCUGUUCAACUCCAUUGGAGGGUGUGCACCUAUAACACACUGUCUGCCAGAUCAUCUUUGCAGAAGCACAGCCUGCACACUUUUAUGCGCGCCAACGCGCUAGAUGUUCUAGCGUUGCAGGAGGCGCGGGAGAGUCCGGAGCCCAUUAAAAUCCAAGAUGGGGUGUAUCGGUUCGCCAGCCCGGCCCAGGCUGGACAAUGCGGGUGCCAACUAUGGGUAGACACCCGAAGGCGCAAUGCACUCUGGGACACGCAAACGUUUGCCAUCCUCCAUAGUCACCCCAGACUGUUGGCAGUACAGGCUAUGUUCGCCGGCACGAGAUGUGUCCUGAUCUCAGGCCAUGCCCGUACGGCGGUCUCCACCCCAGCUGAAAUUCAAACGUGGUGGGAGCAGCUCCGCAAGGUGCUCAGGCGCCUACCUCGAGGCAGCAUCCCCCUCCUUUGUUUAGAUGCCAAUGCACGGUGGACGGCCAGCGCGCCGGCCAAUGACAAUGCUAUGCACAUGGAAGCGCUUCUUAGCGAGGCGGCGCUUGCCAGCUCUGGCGCCAUAGACUGUCAUGGUCGCCCUGUCUUCACGUGGACUUCUCCGCAAGGACAAAAAGCCUGUCUUGACUAUGUGCUCUUUCCACAAGAAUGGAAGCCAGUGGUACGCAACCAGGGCAUUCUGCCCAUAGUGGACGAGCACGCAGGCUUCGACCAUGAGCCACUCCUCGUCACACUCGAUGUGGUCUUGCCGGCGCAUGCCGUUGCCAAAACGCACCGCCUGGAUAUUGAGCUCAUGCACUCACCGGCCGGCAAGCAAUGCAUAGCUGAGAUUUUUCAUUCAGCCCCAAGGCCGGCCUGGACUGUAGGGGUGGAUGAACAUUUGGAUAGGCUCAAUGCCCACUUUCAAGAAGCGUUGCACAGAUGUUUUCCCAAGUCGCCGCAAGCCCCCCGCAGCCCUAUCAUUUCCAGUCACGUGGGCCCUCUUGGCAUGCAAGCGCCGGUUACGACGGAUCCACCGUGA